CGAAACUGAAUGUCUGGGUUUCCCCAUAAAGCUUCGCCGGGUGAGUGCUAUAAAACGUAACAUUUCAAGCACAGAUUCACCUGUGAAAUUACAAGACUUGUGAAGUCAAGAAGACUGCGCUAACUCCUAUCCAGAGCAGAGAUGGCACACUCCAGGCCCCUCCUUAUGCCCUGGCUCAGAGAGCAGAUAAACAGUCAGCAAUAUCCUGGAGUAGCAUGGACCAACCUGGAUCAAACAGAGUUCUCCAUCCCCUGGAAACAUGCUCUGCGGCAGGACUCCUCGGACACAGACAUACUUAUCUUCAAGGCGUGGGCAGAGGUCAGUGGAAAUGGGCGGGCUCAUGGCGACCCUUCGGUGUGGAAGAGGAAUUUCCGCAGUGCCCUGAGAGCAAAGGGAUUCAAAAUGGUUUCUGACUGUAAGAACGAUCCUGCCAAUCCUCACAAGAUCUUUAGAUGGCCAGAGGACACCGGGUCAAAAGCAAAUUCUUCUUUGUCUCCUGAUCAAGCCAGACCAGAUUUGUAUGAAGAUCUUUUCCUUCCUAUACAAGAAAGCCAGCCGAAUUUGGUGGAGUGUGUCUAUGUUCCCCACAAUGUGUUUACAGAUGAGGCAGGAAGCCGUGACAUCCUGCAGAAGUGUUUGGAGGACCUGAAUAUUGGUCCUGAACCAGAGGACUUUGAGCCUCCUCCCGAGCAACAGCGCCUGAUGGAAGAGGAUGUGAUUGGAGCACAUGUGUUGCGUGGGCAGCAGCAGUAUCCAGUCGCCGCUAAGGCUGCAGUGCAUGGAGCUGGGUUGCCGGGGCAACCAGCACCGCCAAUGGAGGGGGCUGUAGGCGGGGCAUAUGAUCAGGAGCGGGCCGAGCAUUUCCUCCACACCAUCAACCAGAGCAAUGAUGGAAGUCAUUUCAAGACUGGAUUUGGGAUAAAAGUGUAUUACCGAGGAAAGCUGGUGCUUGAUCAGCUGAUUCAGAAUGAGGCAGGGGUGCGCAUUGUCUACAGACCGCAUCAUGUGGAUUGUGCUGUCGACAUCAACUCGGGCCUAACCCUGGUUUCUCUUCCGAGCCCUGAAAACUUGCCAGACCAGAUUCAGACCAGUCUGACCCAGAGGAUCCUGGACUCUCUUGGCUGGCUAGAUGUGGGCGUGUCUGGUCACGUGGUGUACGGUCAGCGUCAGGGCCAAAUCAAGGCUUAUUGGAGCUUCUCAAAUUUUGACCAGAGUGGACAGCCUCAAGAGGUCUCCAAAGAGCCACAAGCGUUGUACAUGUUUAAAGACUUUGUGAAAGGUAUAUUAGAUUUUAUACAUGGCAAAGAAAGCCCCCCCUGCUCGUUGUUCUUUUGUUUGGGGGAGAAGUGGCCAGACCCUGACAACAGGCACUGGAAUAAGAAGCUCAUCACAGUGGAGGUGGUGCUGACUUCAAUGGAGAUACUGAAGAAUAUAGCGGUGGGAGGGGGAGCCUCUUCUCUGCAGUCAGUGGAACUGCAGAUGUCACUGGAGGAGAUGAUGGAGAUGUGCUGAUACACAUCUGAUGCCAUUUCAAUAUUUUAGGGAGGAAAAUAAAUAUUUUUCUUAAUUUUUUAAUAUUUUAAUGCCAACAGUUCUAUACAGAGAGAACUAAAAUAGUGCUUUUUACACAGCAGUUACACAGUAAUAGCCUUUAAUGAACAUCUCAAUCAUGUAUUAAUAACUUGAUCUGAUGGAAUGGGUAUUAUUCCUGCUUUGAUAUGCAAAAAUAUAAUUUAUUUAAUUUAAGUUUACAUUACAUAUCUGUUGAAUACUUGCAUUUGCCAUAAUAUAAAAUAAUUACUGUAAAAUAUAUAUAAAUAAUUUGUAUAUAUUUGCAAAUCAUGACAGACUGCACCAACCCUAACUUUUGUGUCUGACUGAAAUUUAUAUUAGUAUGUGUAAUGACUGGCUGUAUGUCCGCAUAUGUGUGCCCUUAAAUUUAAUUGAAGUCAAUGUUUACAAAUAAAUUUUACUUUUCCUCAUCAAAA